GAUUGAAUGUCUUCGUGCGCAGCAUUGUUUGAUACAGGCCCUCUGACUGUGUCAUUAUGCCUUGACUGUCUGUGAAAGUGCAACACUUGGACUCUUCGGGAUUGGAUUUUGUUUUUUCAACUUUGUGGAGUAACUGAGACUGGAGCCAUGAAGGUGUCUAUGGGGAGUUAUUGGCAAGCAGUCUUGGUUCUCCUUCAUCUGACAGCUUGCGUUGCAGGUAUAACAGGGAGAUGCAGCCUGUUUGGAAGUCACCACAUUCACACGUUUGAUGGGGUUUUAUACAAGUUCCCUGGAGACUGCAGCUACCUGCUGGCUGGAGACUGCAACCGUCACUCUGUCACGCUGCUGGGUGAUUUUGUUGGGGGCAAAAGAACUGGAGUCACUCUGUUCCUGGGAGAUGCCUUUGAGCUGCACCUGUCUGUAGAUGGACGUCUCUCACAAGGAGAAAAAAGUCUGUCUCUGCCCUAUGCCUCUAACUCUGUGUUCGCGGGCUCAGAGCUCGGCUAUUAUAAACUCUGGAGUGAGGAGUUUGGCUUCACUGUAACCAUCGAUAAUGCGGCCAACAUCGCCCUGACACUGACCAAACACCAUGCCAACCGCACCUGUGGCCUUUGCGGCAACUUCAACUCUGUAACAGACGAUGAAUAUACCGCUCAAGAAGGAUUCCAAACAGAGGACAGUUAUGACUUUGCAAAUUCCUGGGCAGUAAAGGGGGCCGGUCAAUCAUGUCGACGUGUCUCUAAUCCCAGCCACUCCUGUAACAGCACAAAAGAGACAUCAGCGAUUUUGUCUAGCUGCAGUGUAUUGCAGACCUCCAGUGUGUUUCUGCACUGUGCCCACCUGGUCUCUCCUGAGGCGUUCCUGUUGCUGUGUCAGGAGGAGGCGUGUCAAUGUGACCAGAGGGAGAGUGAAGACUGCUACUGUCCAAUCCUGUUGGAGUACGCUCGCACGUGUCACGCACACAGGAUGCUUCUUCAUGGCUGGAAGGAGGAGAGCCAGUGCUUCCCCAAAUGUCCCAUUGGGAUGCAGUACAGUGAAUGCACCAAGUCCUGCUCUACAACCUGCCACAGUCUCAACAUCCAGGAGGUCUGCAAGGAAGAGUGUUCAGAUGGCUGUACAUGCCCCGCUGGUAAGGUUUUGGAUGGUAAUCGUUGUGUGGAGGUAUCUCAGUGUUCUUGUGUGCACAUGGGGCGACAUUUCCCUCCAGGAUCCUCUAUCUCUCAGGACUGCAACACCUGUGUGUGCCGUCACGGCUCCUGGGAAUGCACCAAUGAAGGCUGCCCUGGCGAGUGCUUGGUGGUGGGCCAGUCACACUUCAAGACCUUUGACAACAAGUUUUUCACCUUCACCGGUCACUGUCAGUAUCUGCUUGCUGAAGAUUGCACUGACAGCCUUUUUUCGGUCAUUAUUGAGAAUGUACAGUGCGCAGAUGAUCGGGAUGCUGUGUGCACACGCUCGGUAACGCUCAGUUUGCCAUCUCUGGAGAACAUGACAGUGAAGCUGAAGCACGGAGGAGUUGUCUCUGUCAACAGCAUGGACAUCCAGACUCCAAUGCAUCACGGUCAUCUGCACAUUCAGAGAUCCGUUCAGUCGUCUGUUCGUGUGAAGUUUGGAGACGACCUUCACUUGGACUGGGAUGGUCGUGGCCGUGUGCUUUUGAAGCUGGGUCCACGGUGGGCAGGUCACACUUGCGGCCUCUGUGGAAACUACAAUGGGAACCAAGGCGAUGACUUCUUGUCUGGAUCCGGUCUGGUCGAGGCGGGACCUCAGGCUUUCGGCCAGUUGUGGAGGAUUAACGGAGACUGUGAAUCCACGCACAGACAUGAGAGGGAUCCAUGUGCUAUUAACCCUAAAAGAGUGCGUUUUGCGGAAGAGGCGUGUUCGGUGAUGAUGUCAGAUGUGUUCAGCGCGUGCCACUUUCUGGUGAACCCCGCACCGUUCCAACGGUUCUGUCGAUAUGAUGUGUGCGCGUGUCUGGACGAGGAGUCGUGCCUCUGCUCGGCUCUGUCUGCCUAUGCAGCUGCGUGUGCUGCUAGAGGAGUGCUGCUUAACUGGAGGUCUCCUUCACUCUGCGAGCUGGAGUGCACUGGAGGCCAAGUGUACGAAGCCUGUGGGAGUGUGUGUGAUCGGACAUGCCGCGCUCUAUCAGGGUCCGAGGCCGGCUGCGACGGGGAGAGGGUGUGUGAGGAGGGCUGCUUUUGUCCCGCUGGAAAACACCUGAGCGACUCAGGAGAAUGUGUUACGGCUGAUAUGUGCACCUGCCUGCAUGACGGACAGCUUUACCAGCCUAAUGAUGUCUAUGCGGAACACAACAGCAUCUGCUACUGUGAGAAUGGCUCCAUGCGCUGUAGCUCCCCUGAAAUGAGUACUUUACUGUCUGAUCUCUUCUAUGACGAUGACUUGGCACCAUCCAGAGAGCGGCGGUCAGUCAAGUGUCCUCCUCCACUGACCCGAACAGACUGUAAUGCAGGAGAAAAAGGCCUUGAAUGUGCCAGAACAUGCCAAAAUCUGGAUCUGCCCUGUGUUAGCCUUGCCUGCAUCCCUGGCUGCAUCUGUCCACCAGGCACGGUACGUCACCGAAGAGACUGCAUUGCACCGGAUCUGUGUCCCUGUUACCAUAACAACAGGCCAUAUGCAUCAGGACAGACCAUCUCUGUGGACUGCAACACAUGUGUAUGUGAAAACAGGAAGUGGCACUGCACAGAAAAGGCGUGUGAUGGUGUGUGCCGCACGGUGGGGGAGGGGCACUACAUCAGCUUUGAUGGCCUCAAAUAUUCCUUCCCUGGCCUCUGCCAAUAUGUCCUGGUCCAGGAUAUGUGUAAUGGAGAAGAAGGGUCAUUCAGGGUGCUGGUGGAGAAUGAGGCCUGUGGAAUUGUUGGACGUCGCUGUGCGAAAGCUGUCAGGAUCGACUACCAGGGAGGGUUGAUUGUAAUGCAAGAAGGAGAGGUCAAGAUGAAGAAGCCGGUGCGAUAUGACUCCCAGGUGGAGAUUAUACGAUCCGGUCAGUUUUACACCUUGUUGCUGGGGAAACACAUUUCUCUCAGCUGGGACAAGGGGACUCGCCUUCUGGUUCGCAUUUCGUCUAGCUACAGGGGACGGGUGUGUGGACUGUGCGGUAACUUUGAUGGGAAUGUUAACAACGACUUGAUGAGCAGUAACAACCAGCUGGAGGUGGACUCCUUACACUUUGGGAACUCCUGGAAGGUUAUUCCCAGCUGUGCUGACGUCACAAAGAUCCCCCCUCCAUGCAGUGACAACAUUGUCAAGUUGGUAACAGUGGAGGAGUCAUGCCGUGUGAUCACUGGUCCACUUUUUAAAGAAUGCAUCGGCCAGGUGGAUGCAGAGCCAUAUGUAGACAUGUGUGUGGAGGCUGCAUGUUCUUGUCCAUCAGUGGGAGACUGUGCAUGCUUUUGUGAUGUCAUCGCAGCUUAUGCUAAGGUCUGUUCAGAAAGGGGUGUGGCUAUCAGCUGGAGGUCCAAUGACCUUUGCCCCAUAAGCUGUGAGGAGCUGAACCCCAGGAGUCCAGGUGUAGGGGAAGAGUUGUGCCAGUGGAGGUAUAAUACCUGUGGUCCAGCCUGUCCGAAAACUUGCCAGCAUCCGGAGCCCCUCCACUGUUCGCUCACAUGUGUGGAAGGUUGCCAUGCCUACUGUCCCCCAGGUCAACUCUUGGAUGAAGUGGCGAUGCGUUGCGUCGAGCCCUCUCAGUGUCAAGUGUGUAUCCAUGAGGGUCAGAGAAUCUCCCACGGGAACAAGGUCAUCCUGAACCACGAGGACCCUGAGCACUGCAAGAUAUGUCACUGUGACAACAACACCCUGAGCUGUGAAGUUUGUACCUCCCGCACGGUGUUCACCACGCCCAAGCCAACCACCGCAUAUGAAACUUUCACAACCCUGCCCUUCACUACGUUGAUGCCCGAGGGCGCAUGUGACCGCGCCAUGGAUCUGGCGUUCCUGCUGGAUGGUUCGGAAGCUCUGAGCGAAGAUGAAUUUCAGGCAACCAAAGAGUUCAUACUGGGAAUCAUUGAGCGAUUCCGCAUGGGCUCAGCUCAUACCCGAGCCACAGUGCUGCUCUACCACUCCGGGGUCAAAACAUAUGAUCUGCAGGUUCAGAAGUGGCUCUUUAAGAAGGCUGUGCGUGACCUGCACUACACAGGAGGAGAUGUCGCUUUCAUGGACGAAGCUGUCAAGUAUCUCGUCUUGAACAUCUAUGAUAAGAACAAGCGUGAGCACGCUGGCCGAGUGGCCAUCAUCUUGACGGCCAGCGCGAACCCCCGCCAUAUCCGUUCCAUGCUCAGUAGGCUCCGUAAGGCGUCCAUCACCACCCUGUCAGUGGCACUGGGUCCAGGGGUAAACAUGGGGCAGAUCAACGAUAUCACAAAGAUCAACCCAGAUAACAGGGCCUAUGUGCUCAGCAGCACAGGUGAGCUGCCUGACCGUCUGUUGGAGCUGACAGAUUACCUGUGCACACUGGGACUGGAGCCUGAGGUGGUGAAUCCUCCAACACCUAAAACCACUCCAGGAAGGGCUCACAAGAUAACCACCACCACGACCUCAGCUCCUCGUCUGGAGCCCAACCCCACACAACACCUCCCCAAUGCCCCAACAUCCACAUCACCCUCGGGCCAACCGCCCAUCCCCACAUCCUCUCCCUCCUCUCCGGCAGCAGAUGUCACAUUUAUUGUGGAGGGCUCGGAUUCAGUUGGCGAGGGCAACUUUAACAAGUCGCUCUCCUUCUUGGAGGAAGUUAUAUCACGGCUGACGGAGGAGAAGGAGUCAAUACGCAUCACUGUGAUCCAGUACUCGGCGACAGUGACUGUGGAGAUCAGACGGUGGGAGCUGAGGCGACAGAGGACUCUGCUGCUGCAGAGACUGAGGGAGAUUCGUUGGAGAGGUGGAAGCAAAACAAACACGGGCGCAGCUUUCACGACAACGUUUCAAGAAAUAACUUCUGGCCAGCCUCCGCGCAGCCCCACUCCUCCUCAGCUGGUCUUCCUGGUGACAGAAAACCCUCCGACUGACACAGUGAUACGCCCACCAUCUACGAAAUUCCACACGCACGUGUAUCCCAUUGGUGUUGGGAAAAAAGUAAGCGAUACUGACUUGUUUCAGUUCAGCUCCCCUCAAAACCCGAUCAUGGUCGAGGACAUCAGCCAUCUGAAGACUCUGGUUCACCGUGUAGUAAACAUUACACUGACCACAGUCAGAUUCCCAACACUGCCUCCCCUGGUCCUCCCAACACACUCCAGUCUGCCACCCUCAGUUCCGUGUAAGAAGCCUGUGGAUGUGUUGUUCCUGGUGAAGGCUGGAAAACAAUUAGAGGACAUGAAGACUUUUGUCAAAUCUUUCAUCAACAACGCUGACAUCGGGCCGAGUGGCACUCAGGUGGCUGUUGUUCAGUAUGGAGACACAAACACAGCAGAGCUCACCUGGAAGGAUGCACAGAGCCAAUCCCGUCUUCUGAAGCUUGUGGAGAACAUCCAAACGAGGACAACUGCUUCUGCCCCCACACUAGGCUCUGCCCUCCGAUUCGCUGUGAAGACUGCUAUCUCGCCAGUCAGCGGUGGACGAGUUGGUGUAGCUAAGGUGGUGGUGAUGCUGGCGACUGAUAAAUCAGCUGACGAUGUCCAAGAAGCAGCUAAUGAAGCACUGGCAGCAGGUGUGUCAGUGUUUCCCAUCGGGGUGGGGCCAGGCUACGACAGAGGUGAACUUGGCAUACUGGGUCACCACGGCAACCAAGACAACACUCUGCAUUUGAACAGCGUGGAUCAGUUACGGAUGUUGCUUAAUUUGGAUCGUGGUUACAUGGAGAGAAUCUGCAGAGCUGGGCCACCAGGACUAUGUGUUGAUGAUAACGGAAAUGAGAGAAAGCCUGGUGAGUCAUGGCUGCAGGAGGACGGCUGCCACUCUCUCUUGUGCCACCCGGGUGGGUCUGUGACUCUACAGAACCACAAAGUCAGCUGUGACAGACUGGAGCCGCCGGCCUGCAGAAACAACAUGCCUCCUGUCAGAGUCCAGGAGACCUGUGGCUGCCACUGGGAAUGCCCUUGCAUGUGUAUGGGAAGCUCAACCAAUCAUGUGGUGAGAUUUGAUGGCUCGGCUCUCAGGCUGGAUGGAGAGGGUUUGUGCUCCUACACACUUCUCACUGUCAGCAGAGGCAUCGAUGAAAGGUCAGAGGUCAAACUCCACAGCGGACCCUGUCAAGGCUCGGAGAAUUACAAUCAGGUCUGCAUGAAGGCCAUGGAGGUUAUCCACGGACCACAUAAACUGCUGCUGAAGGAUGACAUGACGGCUGUAAUUAAUAGAGAAGAACUCGCACUGCCAUGGCGGUACGCUGGCCUGGAGCUGGUGCGUUAUGGAGGGGUGAUGCUGCAGCUUAAAUCAGACCACGGCUACGUUCUGACUUUCACGCCUCAGAGCAAUGAGUUCACCAUCACACUGCUCAGCUCCACCACCACUAGCCAGUUUUCUGGCCUCUGCGGGGCCUGUGAGGAAGAGAAAUUUGAUGUCCUGUCUUUACGCAAUGGCAACACCACCACCAACCAACAAGCCUUCAUCUCAGAAUGGACCGUGGCCGCGAAUGAGGGCAUGUGCCUGCCGAAACGGAGGGCAGUGUGUCUGUCCGGAGCGUCCAUGGGAUGUCAGGCCUUACGAUCGGAGGUGUUCGAGCCGUGCCACGCGCACAUUCCUGUGCAGGUGUUCCUCGCCAAGUGUGAGGAGCAGGCAUGUGAGGAGUCGGAUGUGUGUGAGCUCAUUUCUGCCUACGCAAACCUUUGUAGACAGAGAGGUGUGUGUGUGGACUGGAGGAGCCCCCACCUCUGCCCUUUACGUUGCCCCAGCUCCAUGGAGUAUGAAGCAUGUCGCACAGGAUGUGUGGAUGACUGUGGUAGCAUACAGACGUUGCCAGGUGACUGGUCGGUUGCUAGGGGCAACGAGUCAUCUUGUAUGGACACACCUACUGAAGGUUGUUUCUGUACCGGUGGGAUGGUUUCGCAUCAUGGUCAGUGUGUAUCACCAGAGGCAUGCAGGCAGUGUGUAGACCAUCAUGGACACACAUAUAAGUUUAUGCAGAGCUGGGUACCAGAUGAGAACCCAUGUUUGAUCUGCAUGUGUUUAGACCAGCAACACAUUAACUGCACUGCCAGGCCGUGCAAUGAUGUCAAAGCUCCUUUAUGUGGACCUUGUGAGACCUUGAAAGAGAGGAGGCUGUCCAAGUGCUGCCCAGAAUAUGAAUGUGUGUGUGAUCCGGAGAGUUGUGACCGGCCUGAAGCGCCCCGAUGUGAAGAUGGACAGACUUUGGUCCUUAAAAACCCUGGGGAAUGUCAGCCUGUAUAUGACUGUGUCUGCAAAAAAGAAGAGUGUGCUCCUCAAAUGCACGUUGGUUGCCCAGCCCACCGCCUUUUGUCAGUGAAAAAAACAAAGUGCUGUGAUGUGUUUGAAUGUGCGUGCAAUUGCAAAAACACCACUCAAACCUGCCCAGCUGGGUUCAUCACUUCCUCUUCCACUAACGACUGUGGAUGCACAGAAACCGACUGCCUGCCAGAUGAGGUGUGUGUAGUUGGUGGUGUGGUUCAUCCAGUUGGGAGUGAAUGGGACGCAGGGUGUGAGAAGUGCAGUUGCACCCAGAUCAAGGACAAAGACACUUCACUGCACAUUGCUCAGUGUACUCCGCCUGUGUGUGAUCGAACCUGCCCUCGAGGCAGCACUUACACUGUGUCAAAGGAUCAAUGCUGUGGAAAGUGCACACCAACAAGCUGUGUGGAGUCAAAGGGAGUGAUGCGGGGAGACACACUGAGUGGGGAAAAACUCAGACGAGUUGGAGAGGUUUGGCAGUCUCCAGGAGAUAAAUGUUUGCUAAAUCAAUGCUUGAAAGUGAAAGAUGAGGUGUUCAUCUCUGAAAGAAAUGUCAGCUGCCCUCUUAUGGACGCUCCAUCUUGCCCUCUGGGAACGCAGUUGCAAUGCGACCUCCAGGAUUGCUGCCCCCGCUGCCACUGCGCUAAUAUGGAUGCCUGUGUCCUCAACCACACGGUGAUAGGAGCAGGGGAGACGCUGAUGGUGGAUUUGUGUACAUACUGUGAGUGUAUGGUGGAGGCCGGUGCUGUGAGGAAAUACACACUGUCCUGCAGAAGAACCAGGUGUCCCACAUGCCCAAUGGGAUACACUCUGCACGAAGAGGAAGGUUCCUGCUGUGGACAAUGUGUUCCCACAGCAUGCGUACUUCAAAGGCCCGACGGAGAAAUGUUCAGUGUGCAGGUGAACACUACUACCGAAGAUGGUUGCAACCAGUAUACCUGUAGUGUGAACAGUAAAGGAGCUCUGGUUCUGAUGACCAAAAUAAUCGUCUGCCCUCCUUUUAAUCGCCAAGCGUGUCUGGAUCAGGGGGGGAAAGUCAGCAAGAUUGGAACAACCUGCUGUGAGAUGUGUACAGAGCCAGAGUGUCGAAGGACAGUGGGAAUGCUUAAAACAAUCCAAGUGGAUGAUUGCCAAUCACAGCAUCAAAUAGAAAUGCACUUCUGUGAGGGCAAAUGUCGCAGUAAGUCCAUGUACUCCCUGGAGAGAUCUGCUGUGGAGCAGGAGUGUGUGUGUUGUGCUGCCGUGGAGACGGAGCCUCUCAGUGUUCCUGUACUGUGUGCCAAUGGUACCCAAAGCCACCACACUGUCCUGUCUGUCACAGCAUGUGACUGUCUAUCCAAACACUGCACCUAAAGAGAGGGGGGAGAGAGAGAGAGAGAGAGAGAGAGAGAGAGAGAGAGAGAGUCUAUAAACGUUUGUAUGUGUAUACAAGUAACAUGUGCCCAUAUAAAAAAAAACAAUAGCACAAAUAAGAAUAAAACAAAUCUAUCCAUUU